AUGGUGGACGCGCACGAACACGUGGCAGAAGGCACCAGUAGCAGGCUACCCAGGUUCUACCUUUCUUUCCUAUCUUAUCUCGUUGCAUUGGAGACAAUGCAAGCGAAGCUCAACGAAGCACUGUGUCUCGCCAAUUCACUUGAAGACCAACGCGAUGGUUAUUUCCAUACCGAUUUCUUCGAUAAGCCUUUACCCCCUCAUGUACUUGUUCAGAAUCCUUCGCUUAAAGGUCAUAAGCCUCGUGCAGAUACUUAUUUUGGACCUGGAACGGUUGAUACUAUCAAAUGCCAUCUAAAUUCUGCUGAAACGAAGGGUGAAGUGGAUGCUGUUUUUGUUAAUGCAACACUGUCUGGUAUUCAGCUUCGAAAUAUGGAGAGGGCUUGGAGUAAACCUGUGGUGGACCGUGUUGGUCUUAUAAUUGAGAUUUUCAAUGCUCAUGCAUACACUAAGGAAGAUAGGCUCCAGGCUGAACUUGCAGCUCUGUCGUACAAGAAGUCGAGACUCGUUCGUGUUCUUGGCCCUGGUGGUCGCUACACAUUUGGUGCUUCUGGAGAAGCUGAAGUUGUUAGUGCUCGAGGGAGAGGAGGUGGGGGCCAAGGUUUUGUGAGCGGUGCUGGAGAAACUGAACUCCAGCUUCGGCGGCGAAGAGUCUUAGAAAGGAGGAAUUAUUUACUAACGCAAAUUGAUGAGGUUCGUCGUACCCGUGCUGUGCAACGUGCUGGUCGGAAGAGGCAUGGGGGUUCGUCUGGUCAUCGCUUAGCCACCGUUGCUGUCGUUGGGUAUACAAAUGCUGGAAAAUCUACAUUAGUUAGUAAUCUAACGGACAGUGAUCUGUAUAGUGAUUGUCGACUAUUUGCUACCGUGGAUCCUAGGUUAAGAAGUGCAGCUCUUCCUUCAGGGAGGAAAGUGCUUUUUAGCGACACUGUAGGAUUUAUAUCUGAUUUGCCUGUUCAGGAAAAAUGGCUUGACAUUAAAUCAAGUGUUUGA